AUGAACGGGUUCCAGACAACAAGAAUGGAACUUGGUUCAGCCUCUGCUUCUUCUUCUUCAUCUACUUUUGGUGGGUCAGAAUCACUCAAUGGCUUCAAGUUUGGCAAGAAAAUCUACUUUGAAGAUGUAGGUGUUGGAGUGCAGGACAAAUUUGGUGGUGGGCCGCCUUCACUGCUGCCCAAGGCCGCCGGACUACCUCCCCCAUCACCUGCCAAGAAGAGGAGAAGCGGCGUGGUGCAAGGUGGCCAGCCACCAAGGUGCCAAGUGGAAGGGUGUGAGACAGAUCUGAGCGGUGCUAAGGCUUACUAUUCAAGGCACAAAGUGUGUGGUACGCACUCCAAGUCCCCAAAGGUCAUUGUUGCAGGCCUUGAGCAAAGGUUUUGCCAGCAAUGCAGCAGGUACCAUAUUGAUGGAGAUCAAGAUAGGAAUAAAGAAGGAGUUAUAGGUUAA